GGCCAGCGCGCCAUCCGUCUCCAGAAGCUCGCGCCUGGCCUCGGUGGCUUCAUCAUGGAUGAAACUGUUGCUGAGUAUAUCCGAAGAACUGUACUAAAAAUCCCACGAGAUGAAAUCAAGACAAUACUACAGAAAUGGGACUUUCUGUCUGAGACGCAGCUGCAAACCAUAAACUUUCAUCAGAUAAAGGAGAACAUUUCUCAAGAUGUUGUUCAACUCUGUGAGGAGAAUUCUGCAGACAUAAAGCAAGCAGCUGUCCUAGACAUAAUUUACAACCACAUCUACCCAAACAAAAGAGUGUGGAGUGUUUACCAGAUGAAAAAAACAGGGGAAGAAACGGAAUUUUUUGACUUAACAGAUUUCAAAAAAAAAUUUAAAAGACGACUUCGGUCAGCCUUGAAAAAUGUCACCAUCAACUUUAAAGAAUAUGAGGAUAAUGCAAUCUGGAUUAGAAUUGCCUGGGGAACACCAUAUACAAAACCAAACCAGUACAAAACCAGCUAUGUUGUAUACCAUUCACAGACUCCCUAUGUCUUCAUUUCUGCCUCAGUGCUGAAGAGCAACUUGCCUCUGCUAUGUCAGGCCCUGGUUGUUGCUUCCAAUUACCAUGACAUCCGUGAAAUGGAGCUUCGAAGUCAUUCUUUAAACUCCCUUAAAGAUAUUGUGUUUAAGAGAUAUAGCCAGAACUUCCAAACUUAUUAUCCAAGACCUCUACAAGAAAGGAAUGUAGCACCAGAAAGUGCAGAUUUAAGGAUAAUUCAAGAAAACAGAAAUGAGAAAGAGAGAAUACAGAGUGUGAAUCGGGAAGUUUUCGGUGAUGGUCCCCAACCAAAACUCGAAUUUGCACAAUAUAAGCUUGAGACAAUGUUUAAAAGUGAUCCUAAAAUGGAUGUUUUGGAUAAAAAAGAACCAUUCAGAUGUCUGGUCAAGUUUUCUAGUCCACAUCUUUUAGAAUCGCUGAAAUCCUUGGCACCAGCGGGUAUGGCUGAUGCACCACUUUCACCACUACUUACAUGUAUACCACAAAAAGCUAGGAAUUAUUUUAAAAUUAGAGAGAAAAAAGGUUUCUUUCCAGGAAGCUUCCUGAAGGUUAUAUUCAAAGACCAUUACAGGGCAUGGGGAAGAAGGGACUCUUGGAAUAUAGAUGUCCGUAAGAAGUUUCCGUCCAGCUUUAAUGGAUAUUAAUUCAGAUCCAGAGUUUUUACUCACCAAGGGCAACAGCCAAUAACAAAUACAUAAAUUUAAGAAAAAUCUGUCUAUUGGUAUUAAUGUCUUAAGAAAUUUUACCUUAGAGGAAUACAAUGAAACAGGCAAUAAUUUUCUUUUGAGGAAGUACAUGUUUUAGAAUAUUUCAAUUAAGAUUUGAUCCUUCUGCAGUCCUUGCACAUCACCACUUUUUUGUGCUUGGGGACAUAAAGAUUGCACAAUCAAGAUGGCAACAUUCACUAAUGCAAACAACAGCUUUGCACUGGAGUUCUGUAGAGUUGGCAAAUUGUAACUGGCAAUUAUAUAGAUAUUUUUAUGGAACCUGCUGCAUCAUUUUUAAUCUGAGAUGGACUUGAUCUGAAGACUCAGUUAUAGUGUACAAGUGUUGCUUUUUUAAUUCUGUUACCUGGAAACUUUGUGCAUGUUCUUUGUGUAUAUGGAAUUUCCGAUUCACUUUAGGUAUGUCAAUGUGCAGAGACAGCCUUCAUAACUUCAUGGCACAGUGUAAAUAUUUUGAGAGGUUGUAUGGGAAUGUUUUUGUUUUUCAAACUGUAAAUAAAUGUGUAAAUUAAGUCUU